CUCACAUUAAUCAGAAUCAUCUGAAAGAAAUCUAAAAUUUCCAUCAGAAUCAGCAAGAAAACAAAAGAAUAUGGACGAUGAUCAAGAUCAGAUGGAAUUAAAAACCGUAGAAGUAUUUGAUCCGGUACAGAAAAGGAGAUAUAAUGUUUUUGUUGAAGAAGAUAAUUUGGAAGUGCUUCAAGCUGAUGACCUCGAAGAUGACACAGACAUGAUUUUUAAGGAGGAAGACACUAAUAUAGAACCCAACACAACAUGGAGCCAAAACGAAACAUUGGCGCUGAUAAACAUAUUUUCUCUACACAAGGAUAAGUUUAGAAACUUUAAAAUAAAGAAAGAUCGUUGGAAAUUGGUAUCGCGAGAACUAGCAAAAAUCGGCAUAGAAAAAUUGCCGACAAAAUGCGAAAUAAAAUGGCGCAACCUGUUACGAACCUACAGGAUUUACAAGCACAGCGAUAAAUCCCAAGGGAAGUUCGAGUUCUUCAACGAAUUGGACGACAUCAUCUCCAAUGAUCCCCAAUUUAAAUAUAUAUACGAGAACGUACCCGGUUCGUUCAUAGUUAAAAACGAUUAUAAACAAAAAACAACCGAUCAGUUACAUUUAUCGUCCGCUUCUGACUUGCAGGAAUCAUCCGAACCUCUGUCCAAAAGGAAGAGGUGCACGACUUGUAAAAGCCAGAAGCAAAAAAGACACGACGAAAGGAUGGUGCUGUUGAGGAAGAAACUCGAACUGGAAGAAAGGAAAGUGAAAGUUUUCGAAGAUUAUGUGCAGUUUUUAAAAAAUACACACCCCAAUGGUUGCAGGUGUAAUAAUUAUUAACUAAGUAAGUAAAUAUAGUCGGGA